GGUCAAAAAAUGAUUGAAUCAAGUGAUUCCAAGUGCAGAUAAUAUAUGAAUAAAAUGAACGACGAAAUAUGUAGAACUUGUCUCAAAAAUGGUUGUUACUCGACCAGUAUAUUCGAUUUCAAUUUAUUUGAGAAGCUCAUGGAGCUUUCAGCAAUCUCAAUUUCUGUAGAUGACGAUUUACCUGUUAAAAUUUGUAAUGAAUGUGUGGAAAGUAUCACAAGUGCUCACAAGUUCAAAACUCUUUGUGAACAGAGUGAUAAAAUUUUGAGGACAAAUAAAGAAAUAUUGUUGGAGAAUACAUGUUAUAACUCGGAAAAGGACACUUCAGAUAACAAAAACGUGUUGCUGGCAGAAAACAGAAUUUCAGUACCAAAAAAUGUACGAGAAAUCAAAUCCGAAGCUUUCUCCAAUGCAAGUCAAAUAUAAAAAUUACAUUGCAGACAGUCCUAGUGAUGCAGUUGAGCUUGCAUGUAAUGAGGAUAAUGUGGACUUGAAAAAAUCUUGCACAGAAUUUAAUCUCAAAUCAAGUUCAUAUAUUUGCACAUUUUGUGAUAAAGUAUUUAAUGAUAUCAGAAUAUUGAAACAGCAUAAGAGAAUACACAGGUUCAAACAGAAAUACUGCUGUGAAUACUGUGGGAAAGUAUUUCAUAUCGCAAACGAUUUAAGAAUUCAUACUAGAAUCCAUACUGGGGAAAAACCACAUGUUUGUAGAGAAUGUUCAAAAGCUUUCGCAGAUCCAAGAGCACUUUCUUGCCAUAUGAGAACUCAUACAGGUGAUAGACCAUAUGAGUGUAAAGUUUGUGGUAAAAGCUUUGCUUAUUCUUUUGUCCUCACUUCACAUUUGAGGACCCACAACAAUGAAAGACCUUACAUUUGCACAGUUUGUGGGCAUACAUUUGUUUAUGCACAUAACUUACUGAUUCACUCUAGGACCCAUACUGGAGAAAGGCCAUAUGAAUGCAAAACUUGUAAUAAAACUUUUGCCUCCAGUUCAAAUCUUAAAGCACAUCAUUUGACACAUUCUGGAGAGAAACGUUAUGUUUGCUCUGUUUGUGGAAAAAAGGUUGCAAGGUCUGGUGACCUAAGAAUUCAUAUGAGAACACAUACAGGAGAAAGGCCAUAUAAGUGUUCAAUAUGUGAUAAAAGCUACAAAAUGUCAUCUCAUCUUACUACUCACAUGAAAAGCCAUACAGGAGAGAAAAAUUUCCAUUGUGAAAUUUGUGGCAAAUCCUUUGUUGAUAAACAUCGGCUUGAUAAUCAUUUAGCAACCCACACCGGACAAAAGCUAUACACUUGUAAGACAUGUGAAAAGACUUUCUCACAUGCUAGUUCCUUGUCGGCACAUAAAAAGUCCCAUGUUGAAGACCAAAACAGUUCUCUAUUGAAAUAGAAUUUAUUAAUCUCUGAGAGUUUUUUCCUCACUAAUAUCCUUCUAAUUUCCUCCAAAAAAGGUUCAUCCUAUGCAUAUAUGCAAUUCCACAAAGUUUUUUGCAAUUUUGUUAUCACACAGGAUAUUACAGCAGAUUUCACAAUUUUUACUAUGUUCUUCAUAGAAAACUUUGAAUCCACUCUAUCAAUAAUAAAAUCGACACAAUACA